AUGUUUCGCUUUACGACGCGGACGUUACUUUUUCUGACUUUUGCGGUCAUUGCUGUUACUAGUGGUAAGUUUAUCCUUGAAUCAGUGUAAACUACAGUUUAACAGCAUUUUUGUUCAGAUGAGAGUUGUGGAGAAAAUCAGUUCAAGUGCCAUGACGGUAGAUGCAUCACCAAUGAUUGGGUUUGUGACGGUGCCAGGGAUUGUACGGACGGUUCUGAUGAAUUACAUGACGCAUGUGACAGACAUUUGAACAGUUAUUUUUAAAAAUCUUGAACGGUUCUAUCCUUUUACUUUUAGGUGAUUCGCCAUGUUUCGGAAACCAGCCGGAAUGUGAGAAACAUGGUUCGAGAAGGUGUAUUCCACAUGAAUGGUUAUGCGAUGGUCAUCCAGUAUGAGGUGUUUGGAAACAUGCAAAUGAAUGUUUAAUUAAGGAUUGUGACAAAGGAGAAGACGAGGCCAAUUGCUCCACAAUAUUUUGGUUCCGAUCACCGGAGUCUCUUAUGCAAAAGUAUCAAAAAGAAACUUCUAACCGAACAACUACAUUGGGUGUUUUCCCUUGUCAAUUCAGGUGAACCAUAAUUUCAUUAAUUAUUUUAAGAGGUUUUUUUCAGAUGUGACGAUAAUAGGGAAUGUCUUGACUUCUCGCUCGUAUGUGAUGGAAAAUCGGCCUGUAAAGAUGACAGCGAUGAGAAAAAUUGUUCAAAAAAGGCUAAUACAGUGGAAUUGACAACAGAGAAACAUAGCAACUUAACGACCACAACUGUUCCGCCCUCAGUGAUAAACAGUACUAAUGAAAUGACUAUUACAAAAAGUGAGCAGAAUUGUAUUUUUAAUCAAAACAUUAUUUUUAUCAGAUAUUAAUUUGGAAGAAAUACUGUCAAGCACCAGAACUACAACUGUGUCGAUGACAACUACAAAACCUCCCACUACGACUUCUCUCCAUGAAAAAGGCACGGAGCAGCACAAACUAACUGACAUUCCUUAUCUUGAAGCUCUUACUGAACAAAUUACGUCAACUAUAGUGUUAAAAGCAAACACUUCAACACGAACAACUUCAAGUCCAUCAACUUCAAAUCCUACAACAACGAAUUCAACAGCUUUACACCUAGCAACAAGUCCACCAGCCACAAGAUCGACAAUGAUUUUUCAUGCAGUAACGACCAAAAUUCGAGAGCCGGCAAUAAGCGUUAACAAAACACGAGUUGACAAUAAUUAUGUGGAAAGUUCUGGAACGUUGUCUGUUAAUUCUGCAAAUUUACUAACCCCAAGACUUUUGAAAAGUAGAACUGGAAUUGCUGAACCUGUGAAAUUUGUGAAAGGCGUUCCAAUUGAACCUGUCAAUUAUCAGAACGCAUCUUCAGAAAUUGAUUGGUAACUUCACCUGAAGUACUCUGUUUUAUUACAUUUUUGAAAAGUGUCUUUCAUGUCUUCCAUCUCAUUUUCAACUGUUUUAUUCGAAAAUAAAUGUGAAUAUGUCAUAUCAUGAACAAAAAUCGAGCUCUAUCAAACUUCGAGCGAAAUAAUGUCAGCAGAAGUUCAAGAAAGAACAAACGACGAAAAAUUCUAAUGCGUGAUUAUUUUCUCAAUUUAGCCGUUCCACGUGAGGUUCUGCACCACCAUGAAAAUUUCGGAAGUUUUUAAAGGCGCAGCACAAAAACGUCAAGUUGUAGAUAAACACCAGAGGAUUCCGAUUCUCCUAACUCCGAGACCCUUCAAAAUAUUCAAUAAUCCGUCUGUGUUAGGCCUCAAUUUUUCGGACUUAUGUAAGAGUGCGUAGUUUUAAUUAAAUUAAAAAUUUGAUUUCAGUCUGUCGCUUCUGCUGCAAAACGUGGAAUGCUUUAAUACGCCCGCUCGCUAAACUGAUCGAGUUAUUUGAUAAAGGAAUCAUUGACCGCUUAUCUAUAUUUUGACCGAAUCAUUUGACGUCGCUGAUUCUGACUAUAAUUUUAUUGUGCUUUUUAUUACGUUUCAGCGUGGAGUCGCAACACUUUCACUUGACCCCCUCUUCUCUCCAAAAAAAAAGCCGUUUUGUUUGCAGCCUGUGGUUGUUGGGAAUGCCAAUUAAUUUUGGUAGAAAUGCGUUUGAGGUGAGAUUAUUAAAAUUAUACUAACAAAAGUAAACAAAAAUCAUUUAGGGAAAGUUAAACUUGAGCUCUCAGCUACUGCAAUGGUUGGACCAUCGAAUACCCAUUGGAGAUCCGAUGAGAAUUACAUCUAUGGACUGCUAUAGGCAUUUAGAAGAUUUAGGAAAUGGACGUUUUGGAACUGUAAGACCAAUUUUCAGUCUAAGUAUAACAAUUAUCGAAAUUAUUUUUAGGUAUGCAAGUAUAUGAACAAUAACACAAUGCUUUGCGAAACAGCGAAAAAAGUAAAUAUGGAAAUUUUCGAUCAUUGGACACAAGACGCUGGAAAACUGUCAAAUGUUUGUCAUAAAAUCAACCUUUCCUAAGUGAGCUCAUGCAUUUCUUUCAGAGGCUCGACAAUUUCAUAUCAGAGUUUCGUCACCUGCACAAAAUCACGAAUGAUAACAAUCGGAUUGUUAACUUUUUGGGUAUAUACGCGGACAAGUUAGUUCAGGAGGUGACGCCUGACACCAAAACUCAAAGAAUUUCAGUCAACAAUUAUACAUAAUGUCGGAGUAUUUGCCGCGAGGUUCGGUUAAAGAUCGAAUAAUGCGGGAGACAAUAGCCGAGGACAAUGCUAUCAAGUAUUUGAUGGAAGUGAGCUCUUUUUCCGAUGCUCAGGGAAAAGUAAACGUUUACAGACUGUAGAAGCUCUUCACUAUCUUCAUACUUUAAAUCCGCCUGUAAUUCACCGGGAUAUCAAAGCUGCCAACCUACUAAUUACUUUGAGUGACAGUAUAAAACUAGGCAACUUUGGUUUGGUCCGUGAUUUGGCUAUUGACGGCUUUGGAAUUGCUGUCGCGUCGGAAAUCACAAUGGAUUUCCGUGCCACGCUCUUGUACGUUGCCCCAGAAGUGUUGAGCAGUAAGCUUGGUCCCGGAAAUCGAAAAGCAUAUGAACUUCCAGCCGACAUUUGGUACUCAAAUUGCUCGAAAAUGUCAAAACUUAAACUUGUUCAUUUCAGGGCUCUUGGAUGCACUUUCAUUGAAAUGUUGCUAAAGUUACCACCUCAUUUUGAGUACUUUGGUCAUAUCAGUGAAAUUCCGCAAGUUCUGCUAGGCUACGCGAAAAGUGUUGACGGAAAAGAGUUGCCGUACACGUCAGAAGUUCUUGUGCCAUCUUCCUCAAAAUGUGUUCAAAAAAUUGUCGACCUAAUGUUUGUAAAAUCACCGGAAAGACGGCCAAAUACAAAAAAAUUGAGGCAACAGGUUAGUUCAUCCAACUUUUCUUGUCUUUGUCAUCUAAGUAUUAGGUUGUUCGGAAAGUUCCAGUCAUUUUUCAUAGUAUGUUUUUGAAGAUUGUUUUUUCAAUCGGGAAGCAAGCGACUCAGUUGUCGUUUUAUCAGUAUGUUGGUAGGGUAUUGAAGUGUCAACACAGCAACGGAUAUCAUUCUCCUGUUCCCGAGUAGUGAGAUAUGCCGAACGUUUUCGUCUCUAACAACUUACAUUUCCGAAAUGUAAUCUUAUUUCUAUUCCUAUCUGACCUGAAAAUGCCGACAUUGAUCGCCGUUUCACGAAGGUUUACAACAAAGAUGCACCCACUCGAACUACCAUUAGCACUUGGUUUCAUCGAUUCGAAAAAGGAGAAUUUUUGAUGGAUGAUCAUCCACGUUCAGGAAGACCGAUAUCGUUAGACUUGGACGCAUUGAAAAGCGAGAUUGAGAGGGAUCCUCUUCAAUCCGUCCGUGAACUAUAAAGGACACUUGGGGCGAGCCUAUCAUCAAUUAGUCAUGGACUCGAAGCAAUUGGCAAAGUCAAAAAACUCGGAAGAUAUGUUCCGCAUGUUUUGACUCAACACAACUUGGAUACACGUGUGGAUACCUGCUUGAAUCUUCUCACCCUGCAUCGCACACAUGGAUGGUCGGAUCAAAUCAUUAUGGGAGACGAGAAAUGGGAUAUGUAUGAUAGCAGUGAGCGACGUGCCGAGUGGGUUGACAAAGAAGCUCAGCCAGCUGACGGGCCAAAACAUGAAAUACACGAAAAAAAGGGGUUGUUAUCAAUAUGAUGGUCUGUCCGUGGAGUUGAAUAUUGGGAGCUACUUGAUGACGGCGUCACUAUUACGACCGAUGUCUACACUGGUCAGCUGAGAAAACUCAGACUCCAUGUGGAUCUCCAUUGGGGGAAAAAUGCGAAAGUUUACUUUCUGCAUGAUAACGCUCAUCCCCAUGUCGACAGAAAGGCCAAAGCUGAACUCGCUGGAUACGGCUGGCCAAUCUUGUCUCACCCACCGUACAGCCCAGACCUGGCCCCUCUGACUACCAUCUCUUCAGUCCCCUCCAACGCCAUCUCAGUGGAAAAAAGUUCAACUCAAGACAAGAUGUCAAAAUCUAGUUGGCUUCAUUUUUCGACUCCCAGCCGCAGGAGUUCCGGAAGGAAGGUAUUCACAAGUUGGUGACACGUUGGCAGACAGUCAUCGGAAAACAUGGGCAAUAUGUCUAAUUAAUUGGAUAACUCUUUGACUUGUUUCACUAUAAAUUUUUCUGAACCCAAAAAUGACUGGAACUUUCCGAACAACCUAAUACAACAACCUUUAGAUAAAGAAGAUUCUCGAGGACUGUGGAGAAAGUGACGGAGAAAGCGAUAUGCUUUCAUCUGCAAGUGUGAGUUUUUCAACCGAUUCAUCCAUUGUUUAUGUUAUUCUGUUAUUUCUAGAAUAGUAGCACUGAUGGUGUCACGGAAUCAUCAUCAGGCCCUUCAAACGAAAGGAAAAUAGGAAGGGUUGGAAGUUGUUUACCAAUUGAAGAUUUGGAAUACAAUGUAGUCACAAGAAAUGAGCCAAAAAAGAAGAAAAUACCAAAGCAAAAAGGAAAUAGCGCACAACUAAUGGUCGCAGGAGGCUAUUAUCUUUCUCGGAUAAUUUAUUUCCUGAGUCAGUGUUUUUAUCACAAUAUAAUACGACUUAUAUGCGUUUCAGACAUACUCAGCCGCUCGGUCUGUUAUCUUUUAAUGUUUUUAUCGCUUGGAAUCGCCACUCUGAGUCUUUUUCUGCUCAUUUCCUUUUUCGUCGUUCGAUUCGUUCGCUACGUCAUUGGUCUUUACUGCCACUGUGAUCUCAUGCAACCGCAAUAUUUGAUAAUUUCUGGAAUUUUGAUAGUUUUGAUGUUUGCACUCUUGUUCAGGUAAGAUUGUUUCAAAUAAAUUGUUGGGAAUUUAACAUAUUUCAGUUGUUGUAUGGUCGCACUUGGAGAAUACAAGUUUAGAAUGGCCAAUCAAACGCUGGAUGGGUCCAGGUUCGAGUUUUCCCGGAAUUAUUGUGCUAUUAUAAAAAUUAUUGCAGAUUCUUCGUCUCCCGACCGCAAAAAUCAGCGGUUUUGUGCGGGGUUACUGUAAUAACUGGAAAAGAGGACAUACCAGAAGUGAGAAAGUCCUUGGAAGAAGAGCCUACACUUUUAACCUCCCUGGUCAGAAAUCAUGAUGAUUAUUACUAUGAUACUCCUUGA